UUUAGUUAACUUAUUUCAAAACUUCCCAAAAAGAUCAUCAUCAAGAUGACAAGCUCUGGUUCACCUUGUGGUGCUUGCAAGUUCUUGAGAAGAAAAUGUGCGAGGGGUUGUGUUUUUGCCCCAUAUUUCUGCCAUGAACAAAGUGCUACUCAUUUCUCAGCCAUCCACAAAGUCUUCGGUGCUAGUAAUGUCUCCAAGCUCCUCUCUCACCUUCCAGUGAGUGAUCGUUGUGAGGCCGCGGCUACAAUCUCAUAUGAAGCUCAAGCUAGGCUUCAAGACCCAAUUUAUGGCUGUGUCUCACAUAUUUUUGCCCUCCAACAACAGGUUGUCAAUUUACAAGCACAACUAGCUUGUCUGAAGGAACAGAUGGCUUGGGCUCGGAACUUUAUCAAUGGCUCCACCGGUACUGCAAACCCUAAUGAAAGAUUGUGUGGAAAGCUUGCUUCUUACUCACAAGGUGUUUUUCAGUCAGAGAAUUCAAUGAUGGCACAAUUCGAUCCGAACUUGAUCAGCAAUUUUGGAAACAACCCUUAUUGUGAAAACAGUUUCAUGAAUCCAAACUCUAUUGGAAAUUAUGAGAAUCAAAUCAUCCCGGAAGAAAAUAAGUCAUUUACUAGUUUUGAAGAGACUUCGCAGUACUCCAUGGAUUCCCUUGAUAUGCAAACAAAUGGAAGGCAUGAAUGGGCUUUCCAAGAUGAUGCCGAUGAACUAAAGUUGAUGGCUUUUGGCUAUAUUCAGCACUGAUCGUGUUGAAUUGUUAACUGCCGGCUCAUCUAGAGGCUUAAGCUGUUAAAGAUCGAGAUGAGUAAUUUUAUUAUUUAAACACUCAACAGAGCUGGUACAAAAUGAGGCUUAUGCAAAAGAAAUAUCUUGGGUGAAGAUUACUCUGUCAAUUUUGUAAUGCUACUGCACACUUUAAGACAUGCACUUUUGCUUCAAAUAAAUAAACUAGAAACCCUAGAUAUGUUCAUACAAUUGGAAAACCUAUAAUCUACUCCAAUAGUCUAAUGAUUGUUUUCUUAGAUAUUGCGUAA